GGGCUGAGCGCCUGGGAGACGGGAGAAAGCAGCAACAGGGGUACUUCUAGAAGAACCCAUUAUAUUCUCUGAUACUCCAGGAGCCAACCAGAGAAAUGUAUAGAUCUGCCAAUAAAGCCAGCUAAGGAAAGUUGGAGCGCGAUAGAUUACAUCAUGUAUUUUCUGAAUAACUUUCAAAAACUUCAGAUAUCUAAUAGCUCUUAAAUGGGCUGAAUCCUCUGCAGGGUUGUCAACACAUGCCAUGGAAGGUCUAGUGCCCACUGGUUUUUGUUUUGUUUAAGACAACUGGGACAUUACUGGUGGGCCUGGUAACCCAGCCAGCCAGAGGAAUCCUUCUCAUUAAUAGCUGAUGUUCAGGACAAUUAUCAAGGACCGGAGACUGAAACCGGAGAGGGGGAGCUGUUGGUUACCUGAGCCCCAGAGAGAUGACUCUCCAAAGGCCAGCUGCUCAGCUGGGGGGGGACCAGAGUUGGAGGAGAUCAGCGGACCAGUCGUACUGGGACACUCUCAUAUCGGAGGUGGAGGUGGUACCCCGACGCACGGCUGUUACAGGACGCAGCGCUCCCCGGCCACAGAGUGCCGUCGAGGGGACAGACCUGGGGCAGAGACUGGACGGUUGGCCGGAGAAGAUGCAGAGCAAGAACAACUACAGAAGAGGAAGCCAAGUUCUCAGCCCUGGCAGCAAGCCAAAUGAACAAGUGGCAAAACCGUGGCCACCACCUCCACGAGCCCGCGUCCGGCCGCAGAGCGCCACAGAGGGAAGCCGUCAGAUGAACGAGUGGUUGCACGAGUUGGAGAGGAUGCAGAAUGGGGGCUAUUUCGGGGGAAGCCCCUCCGUCAACCCGGAGGUGGAGCAUUGCCGGACUGGUCAUCCCCCGCGACCACAGAGCGCCACCGAGGGACACAGCCAGAACCUAGACCGAUGGUUGCAGGAGCUAGAGAGAAUGGAGGACGGGAGCUAUUUUGGAAACUCUAAGCGAGUACAGACAGAGUGCAGACAGGCCCCUUUCCACGACAGGACGUCCUCCAUGCCGGCCCUUCACAGAGAGCCCGUUGGCCCCAGGCUGCUCCACUGCCACCGGGGCCUCUCACCUUCCUCCUCUCUGUGCGGCUGGGACGAAGGUCUCUCUUCAGACUUCCCCAGCCUGUGUGACAGUUCCCUGGGCAGCCAGGAGUCCCUCGGAGGCGGGUUGUCCUCCGACCCGGAACACAGGGGCAGCUGGGAGAGAGCUAGCAUCAAGCAGGCUCCAGGGAGGGAGCAUGCCGAACUCAGCACCCUGACUCCGGUGAGAGUGGGCUGGCUACCCGUCCGGAAGAGGGCCCCGAUGAGGAAUGCCCUGGUCCCUCGACAAACCCAAACCGGCCUUCCAGAGAACUCUGCCAACCAGGUGAUAUUAAAGCUUCCCAUCACCCCUACCUUCGUGAAGGUUCCUGUCAAGGACAACGACCUACGAUUCUCAGAUGCAGGCGCAGAGAAAGUGGAGCGGAGUCAAAGCAGCGUUCACGUCGUGGAUCCUGGAACAAGAUGGCUUCCUGACCAGCGACCUGCCCGGGAGUCUCCCAUCACUCAACAGGUCGCCGGCAAGCAGAGCUCCACCUCAGCGCAGAGUGAAACUAGACCAUUAGGUUGGCAGGCCCUGAGGCGGACCUGGGCUAAGAGGACAUGGUUGUCCCCCCUCAGAGGUGGUGGGCCUCCCCAGUCUAAAGACUCCCUCCCUGGGCCUGGUGCGGAAAAGGAGCCUGUCGGGACAACCAGCGAUACCCAGCAGCCUUCAGCCAGGAGGGUUACACCCUGUGGAACCAAGCUGACCCCACAAUCCACUGACAACCCGGAACCCUGUUGGAGAUCGAGUCUACGCCGGACCAACAGCUUCCAAACGGCUCUGACCAGGACCAUCAAGCCGGCUGUCCAACAGACGCCCACACACGCCAAGGUAACCCCUUCUGGAAGCUGUCCCACCCAGCCUUCCGACACUGGAGUUGGGGAGGGAUCGGCCGGUGCAGCCCCAACUGGUACGACCAUCACCCUGAAGACAGCCAGACAAGCCUUUUCCUCCAUCACCAUAGCCUCCAAGAAGGUCUCCAGGACGGCAAGCCUCCCUGGGUCUAGGUCCACCAGCCCCCAGAUCCACUACACUACGCCGCCCAGGGUCUCCACCAGCUCCCGCUCUGUCACCCAUCAAGACCAGGUCCAUCACCCCACCAGUGCUGAUCCCAACUCCACCUGUGCCAACCUGAGCCGGAUGUCCACAGGGAUGGACUCUGAAACUGUCAACCAAACGAAGGGCUGGCAGAGCCCUGUGUUGCCUGGUGACAGUGACCGUCCAACUGACCCUGUGGUUAGCAGGAGAAAGGUAACAAUCAUAAAAGUGACAGAGAACAGACACAGCUACAGUCCAGGUCAGCAGGGGGGAGGCGGUAGUGAGGGGAACAGCAGCAGUAGGCCUUCAGAGAACAGACACAGCUACAGUCCAGGUCAGCAGGGGGGAGGCAGUAGUGAGGGGAACAGCAGCAGUAGGCCUUCAGAGAACAGACACAGCUACAGUCCAGGUCAGCAGGGGGGAGGCGGUAGUGAGGGGAACAGCAGCAGUAGGCCUUCAGAGAACAGACACAGCUACAGUCCAGGUCAGCAGGGGGGAGGCAGUAGUGAGGGGAACAGCAGCAGUAGGCCUUCAGAGAACAGACACAGCUACAGUCCAGGUCAGCAGGGGGGAGGCGGUAGUGAGGGGAACAGCAGCAGUAGGCCUUCAGAGAACAGACACAGCUACAGUCCAGGUCAGCAGGGGGGAGGCGGUAGUGAGGGGAACAGCAGCAGUAGGCCUUCAGAGAACAGACACAGCUACUGUGAUGGAGUAAUGACAAAAAACAGUCUCAGGCAACAAGGAACCAGGAACUCUGAAGAGCCGCCACACGGUGCCAGCACCAGCACCGUGUUCUCGUCGGGGCAUCUAGAACCGUCCACGGACAGCAAAGACUGGCCAAACCAUGGUCCAAACCGGGGCCCGAACCGAUCCACUUCAGCAGCUCCAGUUACCUCUUGGGAAUCCGCGGGCAGCAGGGCAGGAGCAGGGAGGCCAAUGCAUAAGUCCACCCUGACCCUGUUCAUCAACCAGCCCUCCGCCUCUCCCAAGGACGUGUCCGCGGAAACGAAAAGGGAAACGGGAGAAGGAGGAGAGAGAAGGGCCCGACCCAGGAGACCCAUAAGCUGCUACGCCAACAUGUUUGAACACACGGAGCCAACUAAGUGGAGCCUGGGCCCCGAUGCUGUCAGUGCAGAACCAAGUUCGUCCGCGGCACAACACCGGAGCCUGGGAGCCGUUACUUCACCACCGGCCUCUGCCACACCGCGGCGUUGGAGCCUGGGGCUUCCUCGCCACAUGCCGGAAACCUGCAUUGAUCCGGUAGCAAUUUCCAAGGACGCCGGCGCUGGAAAUAGUUCGACCGCCGGAUUGCUCAGCUCUGGAUCUUCCGUCAGAACCGGAGCAACAGGCAGAGGCUGUGGGACGGGUCGACCGGGCGAGGACCAGUCCUCCGGAGAAGAUGCGGGCGGGGCUGGGAGAACGCCAGAUUCAGCUCUGUCUCCGGACGAGGAAGGCUUCAGGAGCAGACAACCCCAACCCCCAGCUGUCACACUCAUCAAGCCCCAAGACCCAAUAUCACAGCAGCACUCUCCAGAGACUAUCCUAGCCCUGAACGCAGCUGCCAUCAUAGCUAAUAUCAAACUCCAAAGACAACUGAGCCAAACCAAGACUUUGUCUCAAAAUGGCCUUUCCAACGCUAGAAAAUCACCUCAGGGAAAUACUUUGGACUCAGUCUCUCAAAUCACUCACUCGACUCACUCACUCGACUCUCGUACAGUGAAUGAUGCUGGUGGUCUCGUGACAGUAGAGGCUCAUGACAGGACUACCAAACCAGAGAAAAGGAGUCGGACCUCACAACCCAACCCGGACCAUGUAGUGUUUGUACCACUGGAUCCCAAUUCUGACUGUGAUACUAGCACAGACAACAUCCUCUCACCAAGAGAGGCUCUGGAACGAUCCAGACCAGACUUCAUCAGGCGUUCCCAGGGCAGAGUGAGAGAUAUGGAGAGAAGGGCAGAGGAGAGACGGGCAGAGGAGAGACGGGCAGAGGAGAGACGGGCAGAGGAGAGGUCAGAGCGCCUGUUCUCGGAACAACUUUCAGAUAACCUUUUCAGACCCAGAGAUAGAGCCAUUACAGGGAAGACGAUAUAUCACGGAACACGACUGAAACAGAAGAAACAAGCUGAGGAAGCGAAAAGGAGGGAGAUCCAGCUGAUUAACAAAAGGAGGGCGGAUCUCUUCAAAAAGAAACUCUUAGAUCAGAUCCUUCAAAGAGGCAGUGACUGAUUUAAGCUAAUGAUGGAUACCUACCUAGCCUGGAUCUCCCUUCCACCAUGUUGGGUUAACACGAAGAGCAGCAAACUGGCUUCUGAUGAGUCUUAAUUAUUACACAUUAUAAUCACACAGCUUACACAUAUUUUCCAUAUGUUUGUUUUAAAUAAUAUGCACAUGUAUCUUUAAUAAUGCAUUAGAGUGUAAUUACACAUUUUUACCAAAUAGUGUCAAUAUGUAUUUGCGUCACAAUAUUAUGAUUUCUGUUUUUACUGUAUUAGUUAUGCAUCAGAACCAGUUGGAUUUACAAAAGCAUACUGGCUUUUGCUACAAAACCAAUAUCUAGCUAACUGCUGUGGACUGAAAAAAGUAAUUGCCGGCUCAGGUUUAUACAAUUAAGUGUAUUUUAUUCCAUUCAUUUUAAAAUUAUUAGUUUAGUUGUAGAACAAUUAUUAUUUUAUUUUUUAUCAAGUCAAGUCGCCUGCAGAGUGUAAAGCCUAAAUAUUUCAGUUUAAUUGAAUGUAUGUUUUUUAGGUUGACCCAAAAGGGAUUUGGUAACACAAGCAACAUUUCCCAGAAAGCUUGUUUGUUUUAACAUCUUCUGUUCUCCAUUACACAUUGAUUACUUUGCUUUAUUAUAAAACGUAAUUAAUCAUCUUUAUUUUCCAUAUUGGUUUGGAGUUUCCCAAGUGGUUGUCCAUUUACACCUAGAACCCAUCCUGUAAGAGUCCUAUGGCGUUGCUUGUGGUGAGUCCCAGGCAUUUACAUUACAGUAUGUGAACCGUAUGAACGGUUUUAGCGCUCACUAGGUGGAAACUUCAGGAUGGUGACUUGUUGUGCAGAAACCAGGUCUCUAUCAAUAACAAACGCACUCACAGGGUGGGUAUCACUCAUGUAUAUGUAUAAUUUGCAUAGGGGAUAAGUAUAAUUUGCAUAUGGGAUAUAUGCUAAUUAUACUUCAUGGAAUCAACUUAACAAAUACAGGUUAAACCUAACUGACAAACUUCCAUUGGGUUUACUGAUAAAAUUCAGGUUGAACCAAAUUAAUUGAUACACGCCUACACGCCAACACGCCUACACGCCAACACGCCUACACCACCUAAGUUGACUGAACACACAUUCAUGUUUACAGCGAAUAGGGGAGAAAUUACGAUUAACUGCCUCGGUCAGAAAAAGAAGAACCUCAAUCUGGUGAACGUUUUGAUUACUGGUCAGCUGCUUUAACCGCCACCUGACUUCUCACCGAAAAACAAAAACUACACAAGGCUUAAGACUGACCACAAGGAGUCACUAGAGCAAAACCAACACCAUGUUGUCCUUUCUGGCUCUCCUCACCUCUUUCUUAAAAAAAAAUAACUGGAAGGGAAAGCUAAAUGGGAGGGAACCUCUGGUUUUCUCAUCCAAUGGAUUUUGAGAAGUUGAUGAGGAGAGUGGGGUUGAGAAAUAGAAAUUGAGAUGGCUAAUAUAGUAUUUGUUCAUUACAGACACCGUCUGAAGUUGGACUCUGGAACUCUGGAAACCAGUCAAAAGCAAAACUAUAUCAUCUAAAAAUCUUCUUUUCUGUCUUUACCUUGAAAAAGCCCAGGGGCGUCCUCUGCCUGACACCAAAGCAGUCAACUUCAUCUGAUAUGUAACCAGUGAUGGGAGACUUCAAAUCUCACCACGGAGAAUUGAACAUUGACCAUCAGUCAUUAGGGAACACUUACAACCCCUGAAGUAUUUUCAAGACUGACACAUUUGUGGUUUUCUGCCUCUGUAGCACUUUAAACUUGAUGCAAUGAUGACAGGGUUAAAAUACAGUCAGCUUUAAUUUGAGGGUAUUUUCAUGAACUUUUUUUGUACAUAGUCUCCAAUUUUAGGAUUAUUUCGGACUGUUUAGUAUUGGUCACAUCCAGUAAUUGCCAGAAGGCAGAAUCCAUACCACCCUGACCACAUAUGGCUUAUUACCUAAAUGACCUUACUGGAGAAAAUCUGCAUUAUUCUCAACAUCUUACUGGUAAGAAUAUCUACUUUGUCAAGUGAUUUUUUUUAAAUGAAACCAAUGGUUCAUUGAAACGCUUCAAGCCUAGAAGACUACUUGAAGAACAAGAACCUAGUUGGUUGGUGUCACUCAAAAAUAAUGUUUCCUUUCAACUGAAGAAGUACUAUGUCUUCACACUACGUAUAUCUGACCAGAAGGUCACAGAAGGUACCAGAAGGUCACAGACUCCUUACUAGGGACAACUAUUUCCUGGGAUCCAGUGUGUAUCAAAGAAUGUUUCCUCAAAGUCCCUCGUAGAACAUCCUUAUCUAGUGUAACAUCAGUACUCUAGUGAACCUGAGAUACCUACAAUCUACACUGCUAUGUGUUCUGGUUAUUGGCGGUUGAUUAUGCAUUUCCAAGUCUGUUCAGUGCCACAAAAGCUGAGCAUGGCUUGUGUAGCUAUUAUAUAUAUAUAUAUUCAGUAUAUUAUCUUAAAUUGUAGUGCAUUAAUAAACAUGUUGUUUUAUACACUUUAUCACAGAUUUCAUACAGUGGUACUGUUACAUUUCAAUUGUAUAGCUGUCAGACUUUUACUUUAAAAGAAACAGGUAAAAUACUUGGUUUAUUUUAGUCAUUUCGCACCAUGUGUGGUUUUUGAUUUGUGGUAGACAUAUUAAUCCAAACCUUUCAUUUUUUAAACAAAAUGCCUUGUAUUAUGUUGCGGUAGGGCUUCAAUUAAUAAAUAUACUGUUGUAUAAUACUGUACAUUCUUUACCAUAUACACUUGAUAUUUGGAGUCCUGUAUAGCCACAGGUUGUUGGUUCAACACCAAGGUUGUUGGUUCAAUUCCCACAGGGGUCCAGCAAGAAAUGCUUGUAAUCCCUCUGGAUUCUAAAUUCAUUAGAUGUUAACUGCCUUUGCAACAUUAUCUUGCCAUUCCUAUUGACAAUGUAGAUUUAAAACAUGUUGCCUAUGUCGUGUAUUUCUUCUAAAAAGAUUUGUCUCUCUUUAUCAAUACAUUACAUUUUAGCCAAGUUAUUGUACUAUCUGCUCGGCUGGUGUGGAACCAGAUGGAGCAGAUUUUUCUUAAAAAUGUCAAGUUACCUACUUAGGUUGUGUCUAUCAGAUAGAAGAAAAUGCACAGCCGUCUAUUAGUUUGCACAGAAAUCCGGGUACUUGAUAACUUAAAUUGAGGUAACAUGAUAUUUUAUUAAAAACUGUGACAAUAAAUAUUUUUGUACUUGGUUAGGCUAGUAAGUUAUUUGCAAGGCCAUUUUUUUUAUGAAUGGAUGUCUGGUUGGGUAGGUAAGACGUCAGUUUAUUUCAGAAAGACGUUGCUUAGAACCUUUUUAAAUGAGGGAGGUUGUGUAUGCUGCAACACAAAGUGCCACUGCUUCACGCCCUGGGUGGUGAGGUGCUCUGUCAGAGAAGGGAGCCAUCCUGUUCGCGGCGGCGUUUCAACAUCAGUUUCGUGAGGUCGGUCUUCUUUGUCUUUUUACCGGUCCUAGCAACUUUUUUCAAACACAAGGGGACUGUAAAGUGGAUAUCUGUUUUUACAUUGGUGAGGUUGGUUCCUUUUUUGUAUCGACACCUAGAGUUUGCCCAGCUCUCCUAGCCGAACGAAUAACAAACUCUCCCUAACCAAGGGGGUUAGUUCGACCUUGGCCCCUUGGUCGUCGAGUUGAUGUGGAUGGGUACAUUCAUAUGGUGACAGAAUAACUAGAUAGGCCGCAAAAGAGAACUGCGUGAAACUGAAGAUGAGUUAACACAGCACCAAGCUGGCUGAGACGCUGCUGAAAGCUCCAUUGAACAUUAACCUGCUUGAGGAUACAUACAGAAUGCAGGUGUAUUGAGGUCUUUGGAAACAAUACAUGUAUUUAACCACCCUAAGCCGUCCAUAAAGAUCUGUAUAGUCAGCCAGACUGAAUGCAGUUCUACUAUCUUCUCUGCGUUAUGUUUGUUUAUUGUUAGUGAACAUUUUCUGUUGGCUCAAUGAGAUACAGUUUCCUUAGUUUGAGUUUUGUUUUGGUCGUGCUCGUUGAGGUAUUCUCUAAGCAGAAAAUUUUUGGAAGUUGCUGAGCAAUGGGAAACAAAAGUGUGUGUUUUAUAACCUGGCAAUUUCAAUGAACUGAACAUUGCUGUCACAAGGGAUAGUUAAAAUACUCACAUGAUUGAGCAAUUUAUGGAAGAUCCUGCCUCCACAGAGGUGUUGUCCAGUGGCAUAAUCGAGCGAUGGUUUACAAUUAGGUUUAGUUUAAUCAAAUUUUACUAAUGUAGUAAUUUUGCAGACACUCUCAUCCGCAGUGACUCUCAGCAGUGGAUGCGUACAUUUUUGGUGCCAGUUUACCUUUGGGAGUCCCGAACCCUCAACCCCGAUGUUGCAAGUAUCAUGCUAUAUCAUCAAAAAAAAAAAGACAUAAAAAUGAUAAACAAGUAAUUGUCCAUAGCAGAACAAAGUGGAUCCAUUAUGGGUCCUGCGCUGAAGGGGCAGUUUACUUCAGACACAGCCUGUGUUAUGCCUCCGUUAUGCAACUGAUAAGCAGAGGGUUCCGUGGUGGGCCCAGUUCAUGAUGUUGAACAGUUAACAGAUCACCCAUAUCCAACACAGCCUUCACUAUCAUUGUGCCUUUUGAUAAGGCAGCUCUGGUAGAGUGAAGUGGACCCUGAUGUUACUCCUGUUUUCCGUCACAGACAAAAACCAACGUCGUAUGAUUUAGUGUGCCAGGAUGCAGCAAGAUUGGACCACCAUCGACUCUGUCCCACUGCCAGGGGGUCAAGCUGCCUGUCUGAAAAUGCCUUAUCAACGACAUAGCCUACGCAAUUUAGCAGAAGAUUUAGUCCAGUGGGAGGCUUGCUUGAAUUCAUCUUAUCUUUUAUGUCUCCCCCCCCCCCACCUUCCUGCCAUUAUAAGUGCCUUGCUCUUCCAACCUACGCUUUGGCAUACCGCCUCCGUUAAGCUGUUGAUAAGGGAAGUGGGCCUUGGCCGUCGUUCAGCGACGUUUCAUUAUUUGAGCUAGUUUCCAUCAGAAACAGUUUGUUUCUAUAUUUCAGUGGAGCAACUGUGCGAGGUCCAUAGAUGUGCCAAGUUUACACAGCUCGUUAUUCAGUGACGUUUCCCUGUUAGGGUCAGUUUCGAUCAGAAACAGGUCGUUUCCAUGGCCACCGGUAAGUUAGUAAAUGUCCUUGGUGUGGAUGGGGGGAUGAUCAUUCAGAGUCAGCUUUUAGCAGGAGGAAUGUGACCUCUUCUCUAGGGGUGAUGUCAUGCUAAUGGACAGUGCUUGGUUCAGUGGAGGCUUUGUUUCACAAGGCUUUUUCAUGAUGAGACGACCUGCCAAUGGAAAGAUUUCUGUUCUCCCUUUAGAGGCCAAACUUCAUUUAGAGGCUGUUAUGUUUGGAGUUUGUUUCAUUGGGAAGAAUAUAUUUUUACGUGAUGUUUUUCUUUUCUAUGUCCCGAAGAAUAUUUUUUGGGCAAUGGUUAAUUUUUUGAGGGUUUUGCCCAGACCUAAAACUGUAGGCUUUGUUUAUGCAAAAGUUUGUUUUAUGGCAAUGCACACACAACUCCUGCAGACAAGGCCUCUGAGCGCGAGUAGAUAUGGGCUUCGUAUACACAGGAAGCUUGGUUCUGUUCCCCGCCCCAGCCGAAUUAUUCUUUUGAUCAUAUCUUUUGACAUCAAGAUCUUUUUCGGAGCUGAUCUGGUUGGUCAAAAUACCACUGAAAUAAAUAAGAAUGGGGCUGACCAUGUACAAUAUAUGCUGCCAUAUAUGGUGAAAUAGAACUGGAGGUCAUUUACAACUUUUGAAUCGAUUUUCUUGGGUAAUUUGCUUGAAGUGUAAUGCAAUUUUUUUUAAUUAGCUUUCAUUUGUUAGAGUAAUUCACUGCCUAUGUAAACGAGAUGGAAGCUGGCUGUAUUUCCAGCUGCAAACAUAAUGUUAUGCGAUUAUUGCAUCAUUGAGGAAUUCAACUCAACUGAAUAUUUUCAGUUUGUUUGAAUGCUGUCAAAUGUGAUCUGCCUUUCCAGAUUGUUUUGGAAACAACAAUAAACACAACUCUCUACAAAAGAUGCUCAGUUGAGCAAAUUACAUUUGGUCAUAGCUAUUACAAGCUAUACAGCUACUCCCUUGACUAUGAGCCUCGUUGGCAUGCAUAUUGUACAAAGCACCUUUGCACAAUUGUUCAGUCAGCAAUCAGUCCCUUAUUCGUACAUAAAAGAGGUCACCUUUGAGUUGAUUUUUGCUAGAACAGCGCAACCAAGGGGAAGGGGAAUACGAAGGGCAAUACAGUCGUUUUAGCUGAAAUUUGUGCACAAACCAUUAACCAUGUUGUCAAUCAUGGCCUUUCCAUAAGUAAGGCUGAGUAAGAAUAUUCAAGAAGGACAGUAGGUGGGUCAAAAUGCUAUAUCACACUGUAUUUCAGUAUAGCAGUAGUUUAAACAGUGCAAUAUAUGUGUAAAUGUGAUUGGUUAGGUUUGUGUAUUAUAUUUGUGUUCUGUUGCAUACUGUUUACAGCAUUAUUGAAUUUGCAUAUGACAAGGUAAAAGGUCAAAUAUAGCCUUUUGUUUCUGGAUGUUCAGACUUUUGAGUGACAUUCUUUCUGCACAGGUCAUAUCUUGUAAAAAUUGUUUUAUGAAACCAACAAAUAAAAAAGAAUCCUCCCCA